AUGGCGUCCUACAAAUCACACUUCAACCCUCCGAUGCGGCAAGAGGCUCAGCCGCCUCCUUCUCGACCUCAGCAAAACUCAUUCACACGCCUGCCGACCCGCUCAAUUACUCCAACCAUAGCAACUACGCAUUCACCUACAUCCUCGGCUCCGAACAAGCUCAGUAGAAAAGGCGAAAGCAAAGAUGAACACUCAAGCAUCAUGAGAGCCGCCACAUCACACAAGGCAUCAGUGUCGAGGUCGGGAGCGCUGGCAGAACCACGACGGACGGGGUCGAGAAUACCAUCGCCAUCACCGCACGCUCUAUCAGGAGUCUCCUUUACCAAAACGAUACCGCCGCCGUCGGCAGCGCGCUCUACCAGAUUCGAAGACACGCGUACGCCAUCGCUUGUGUCGGGCUCCUCCGCUUCCACCGUCGACAGCUUCAGAUCUGGCGCUCUCAGAAAAAGGUCGUCGCUCGUUGGACGGCAGGUGCCACGGCAGGCUCUCGGUUCGAUCUCUUCACUCGAAGGCGCCGAGCAUCAGUCAAAAUCCCUACCAGGCGGGUACAGGGACUUAUUCCAUGGAGAUGUCCUCGGCAUUAGCUUACCGCCUCCAUCAACAUCCAUGGCGCGUUCUCUUGCCGGACACGUGAACAGCACAUCGCAAGAUGUUGCUCUCCAUCUGCCGUAUCCACUGCUGACAGAGAAUCUGCCCCCUCAGACGCCGUCGUACGCAUUGUCUGCCAGCCCCGCCACCCGAUAUUCUGACUCUCCCGGCGUUUUCAGUCAUGCUUCUACGCCAACAUCCAUGUCGUCCUAUUCACCUGGAGUAGUUGCCCAACCCAAGACUGCACCUCGAGCGCGCCAACCAAGUCCAUUGGAAAGCCGGCCGCCAGUGACCCGCCGGAGGUUGGAGGACAACAAGCUACUGAAGGAACCUGACGGUCUUCCAUCACUGCGUGAAUCAUCUACAUCGUCUUCGUCGGGUUCCACUGUAAAAGUGAGCAGUUACACGCAGCAGAGCACAAAGUCGAAACCAGCACCGCGAACACAGCUGGAAAGUACUGAUAAAACGCAGAAGUCAUUCCUGGCUGCGCCGCAAACUCGAUCAAACCCAGGAAUCACACAGAAGAGCAACCCAUCCGGUCAUGUAGACGGCACGACCACGAUCUAUCCGCCGCCCGAGCUGGCUCAUCUUGUGGACGCUUCGGGUCAGAAGCCGACUUAUUCCCGUCCCCGAAGGCCUAGUAGGGAUGGUAUACCGACACUGCUAAGCGCGCGAGAACCGUCACCCAUAGUUCAAAGCAACCUCGCCAGCCUGCCUAUUACUUCGCAUAGACGUCAGACGUCGGCAGAAUUCCGGAGCGCGACAGCUCCAGGUUUUACGAGCAACUCGAGGGGACGAUUCGCUAUGCCUUCGAAACUUCCUUCGCGUAACCCAUCACCGAGUCCCAGCCUCUCUUCCUCUUUGCCGCAAGCACAAUCGCGUUUACUCAGGAGGCAGCCCACACCCGAUGUUCAGACCAACAGCGAGCCGAAAGCGAGAAAGGAGCAACCACCCACCACCGCUAGCCCGAGCAAAUUCACAUCGCGGUUCGGUUUCUUUUCCCGAAAGGCGAAGGCAGAGCCAGCUCCGCCGCUUGUGAGUGUAAACAAGAAGCUACGGAAAGGACCAGCAGCUGGCACAGGCCAUGAGGGGUACGGUAAAUAUUCUCUUCGAGGCCGAAGCGGCAGCUCCACGACGGUCAGUAGUGGCCGUUCGACCAGCGCAGAUAGCAGCGGUGGCAGCCUCGGACGUUCUGUCUCUACACGAAAGAGCAGCAUGGGCAGCAAGGGUGAGCCCCCACUGGAUCAUUUCAUCGCCGAGCGACUCACACCAGUGAUCUUGCGGGGCGAGGGAGUUGUUCAAGCCUCGGAAAGCAGCAGUGGUGGCUACUUUGGCGAUCGGCCCAGCCUCGAUACGACCACCUACUCUACUGCUCCUGCGCCGUAUACUGCACAGAAGCCGACAUUAUUGCCUUCAGCUAUGUCUGAUUCGGUACGCAGCAUGUCGCCGGUCAAAAAGGCGCCCUUGACGCGGUCGCCCAGCGAUAGUAGCGACCAAUCCUUUCAGCUUCCCACCAUAGCGGCUCGCAGGUCGUUUCGCAAGUCGCAGCUUAACAACUCCCAGGCGCCUAGGAUGCCGACUCCGAUAAACACAACGCUGGCCCCUUUGGCGCCUUCGAUGAGCAGCUCGGCGAACCAGUACUCCUUUCCCGAGACAGAUACUACUCUUCCACUGAGUGACGUGUCGGAGGGUAAAGAAGGCAAUUGGAUGAAGUUCAAGAAAGCGACAGGACAAUCCGUCUUUUCGAAAAAAUGGAACUUCUUCCAACGCGCGUCGUCGCCAAGGACGGAACCCUCUCCAGAACCAGUCAUUGAGACGGUUCCUGUUGAGGUCUCUCACCAGCCUGCCCCGCGGUCUGUUGCUCAUUACGCCAUCGCCGAACCAGCAGAUCAUAUCGAUAUGGAGGAGUUGGAGAAGAUCAUGCAGGAAGCUGAUGACGAUUGCUCCUCAGUUGAGCAAUUCCCUUCUUACCGCCAGCCUGAGCCGUUGGCGAAGAGGCUCGAGUACGUGCAAUCCAUGCUGCUACCUCCAUGCCCGGUGCUGCCACCUGAUACUCAGCUUCCGGUCAGGGCCGCAUCGCCGACAGUCUUUCUACAACGCGACAAUUCGGCAACCUUUGAGCCAUCGAGUGUUCAGAUCCACUCUACUACAACAGAGGUGCCUCCCCCGAGUGCCGCUAUCCCACCUGCAGAUACCCUUCUGCAGCCAAUUGCUAGUCCACACCGACCUAGUAGGCUUCAACAGGUUGGGCGUAUACCACAGGUCGUAUCGAAGCGAGACCGAGAUCGAAGGCUACCGAGCAACUCAUUUUCACGGCCGUUUGUAGCCAGUCGGCCGCGUCCAACUGUGCAGCCACCGGAAACAACCACUGUUGCGAAGCGCGAAAGCACAACGCUUUCAGGCUUUCAACCAGUCGUUGAUACGGCCCGCAUACCGGAUGGUCGGCCUGUAAGGCUCAGUAACCACGCCAUUGGUAACUCGACGAAUGCGGUGCCUGAUGGUGCGUCGACGCCUGACAUCAAUGCUACUUCAGAGUUCUUCUCCUUUCCACCUCGGAAGGACUCUCAGAUCUCAUACUCUAGCAGCUCGGUAUUCUCUAGCUUCCCCGCCUCCACAGCCAUUCUCCCAACUGCAGCCGCUCCAUUGUCUGAAGAUGAGGUCUGGGGAGAGUAUGAUGAUUUGAUCGAUGACGUUCUUUCGCCUCUGUACACCAUGACCACCGAAGGCGCUUCCUUUCCCUUCGGUAGCACUGCAGUAGAGCAAAAGAACGCGCUGAACCCUCUACCACAGCCGCUCAAAAUUUCGACCAACGCUGACCAUACCCGUGCUGGGUCUGGGUCGUCUUCCACACAGACUAGUGCUAAUGUGCUGCGCCGCUCGCGCUUGCUCAUGGCUUUGCAAACAUCUGGAACGCCGACUACGCCGAUGUCUCUUGGUGACUUCUUCGCUGGAUACGGCGACCGCAACCUCAGCAUACUGGAUCCUGUCAGCGGCAGACUUAGCCUUCCUGCUACUAGUCGCGCCAGCUCUGGCUCCGCCCGUCCGACAUCAAUACGUUCCAGUCUACCCGCCUCGCUUGCCCAAAGUACCUCCCGCCACUCAAAGUCAAGCUCUGUGCCGGGAGUUAGCACUCCUGCUAAUCGAUACAGAGAUACUCGACUCAUGGAGAUAGCGGAGACUCAGAACGACGGCCUGGCGUCGAUGGCCAAUCUCCGGUUCGGCGCUCUCAUGACCAGCAAGUGGCUUUCGUUCGGACGCGUCCUUUUCAGUCCUGCUCACUUCGAGCUCAAGGACAAAAACGAAGAUCGCGUCCUGGUCAUCGAUGGCCUCGGCAAAGACUGGUCCUACUACUGCGCCCUAACCUACUCAACCGCCACCAUCUAUAAUCUCGGCCCCAACCCGACCGACGCCCCCAAAGACCUCAACCAAUGGCAAUCCCUCCCGAACCACCGCCACAUCCACCACUCCUCCAUCGAGAGCCCCUUCCCCUUCCCCAAAGGCUUCUUCGCAGCCGUCGUCUUCCGCUUCCCCGUCGCGACCUCCGAGGCCGCCUACCGCGCCGCCAUCUUCGAAUGCAAGCGCGUGCUGCGGCCAGGUGGCUACCUUGAGAUUAGCGUGCUAGAUCUCGACCUUCUCAACAUGGGCAAUAGAGCCAGGCGCGCCGUGCGCGCGCUCAAAGUCAAGAUGCAGGUCGCCGACCCGGCGGUUAGUCUCAAGCCCAUGAGCGACAACCUGCAGCACAUCCUCGGCAGACGAGGCUUCGAGAACCUGAACAGGUGUAUGGUGGGCAUACCCGCGGCGGGCAAGAUCCGCGACUCCUCGGAUGGCACGCAGCAGGAGCCGGAUACGAAUUUCACGGAUCUGCUGAGAGAUAAGAGCGGCGGUGAUGCGGAUAGCGAUGAGGGCAUUACGAAGAUGGUGGCCAGGGUCGGGAGGUGGUGGUACAGUCGCUGCUACGAGAGCGCGGUGUUGCCUAAUGGAGACUUGAAAGAGAGUAUCUGGGCCGACGAGGCGCUGGUGAGGGAGUGUGAGAAGAGAGCGACGAGCUUCAGGCUGCUGAUCUGCUAUGCGCAGAAGCCGGCUGUGCUGGUCAGGAGGACGGUGAGUGUGUGA